AUGGUUAAAACGAAACCGUUAUAUGAAUCAAACAACUCAAAAGCUUCGUCAAAGGACUAUUUUGACAAAGCAACAGAAAAUAUUCCUUCGAUGCGGAAUAAUAAUGAGAGUGAUCGUCUCGAUUCACUGAUCACUAUUGUCCAAAGUCUGAGUAAAAAAUUCAGUUGUUUUGAACAAAAGUUUGAAGCCUAUACGCAAGAUGUAGAUGUCGCAACCAAUGAAUCAGGAAACAACCCAGACGAACAGAAAGAUCUAGAUAUCCGCAGAUUGCAAGAAGAAAAUGAACGAUUAAAGUCGACAAACGUUCACUUGAAUGAAUGCCUAAAUAAGUACGAAAAUGCGGCAGACGAUUUGAAAAGCAAAAUUAAGGCUGUGGAAGACGAAAAAGCCAGUCUUCUAACUGCCAUACGUUUGCUCCACUCGGAUCGUAAUGAUACUUGCCCGGACACUGGCGACGAUCGAAACGCAUGGUCCAAAGUUCAGAUGAAUAAAAAUAAAAAAGACACGAAAGCACCAUCCAGAGCUACGAAGAGACAAGCAGCAUCGGUAAUUACGAAAAGCCAUACCACAAAUCCAGUGUUGAACUCAAACCAAUAUGCCCCGUUGACUAUCGAAGAAAGUGAGGGUGACGAAGUCGAAAUUACAAGAGAAACAGCUCCUACAAGAAAAUUUAAGAGCAAUACCCAAGCAAGCACAGUUAUAAUCGGAGAUUCAAUGAUAAAAUAUAUAGAUAGUAAACGAUUGCUUCGGGGAAUUAAGAAAAAUGGUCAGAUCUCUAGAAGAACCGCAAUAAGGGCAGAAACUUAUCGGGGAGCUGGCGUUGACGAUAUGAAGCACCAUAUUAAACCGUGCUUGCAAAGAAAGCCGGAAAAAAUAAUAUUACAUGUGGGAACAAACGAUAUCGGUAGCAAAGGAGCAAAAGAAUUAGUCAAAGGAAUUAAUGACAUAUGCGAAAUAAUUCAGAAAGAUAGUCCGACCUCUGAAGUAGCUGUGUCACUGCUGGUUACAAGAGCGGAUAGACCAGAAUACAAGACAAAGAUAGAAAAGGUAAACAUGGCAUUAAUAGAUUACUGUGAGAGUAAAAAUAUCCAAGUAAUCGAUCAUGCUAACAUUGAAACUAAACAUUUGAAUCCCUAUGGGGUUCAUUUAAGUAGAUUAGGCACGUCGAUAAUGGCCAGAAACUUUUUAUCUUACAUAAACAAUGUUGAAAACAACUGA